AUGUCAGACGUUCUUGAUGUGUUGGGUCAAACUCCAGGCCUCUAUAAAUUGUACACACAAAUAUGUUCCAUUUACCGCGUCCCCGAGACAUCUUCUCAUGACGCCAUCAUCAAUACUUUAACAAACGGACUUGACCGAUUGGCAAAAAGUUUCCCGUGGCUUACUGGCCAGGUUGUCAACGAGGGCGCUGGGGAUGGUAAUACAGGUGUCUUCAAAAUAACUCUUCUCGACAAAAUCCAGCUCGUGGUGAAAGAUCUACGACAUGACCCCUCCGCGCCGACAAUGGACAGGCUUCACCAGGCCAAGUACCCUUUUACCAUGCUCGACGAGAACACCAUUGCCCCUUGCACGACUAUAAACCUACCUGGUAAUUUGCCAAGUAUCACGACCGAGUCAGCAUUGGUCUUCUGUGUCCAGGCGAAUUUCAUCGAGGGCGGUUUGAUGCUCACGCUUGUCGCUCAGCAUAAUGUCAUGGAUAUGACUGGCCAAGACUUUAUCAUCGGAUUGAUGUCCAAGGCUUGCCACAAUCAGCCUUUCACAAGCGAGGAACUUUCAGUUGGUAACAUGGAUCGGAGUCAUAUUAUUCCACUACUGGAUGAUUCGUACACCCCGGGCCCUGAGCUCGCUCGCCAGAUUGUGAAACCCCCGCCAAACGUCAAAGCUGUUGUCUCGGAACCUGUUGUACCUCCAAAGUCUACAUGGGCUUACAUUGAACUUUCUGCGGCACAGCUUGACUCCAUCAAAGCUCUGGCCACGAAUACAUUGCCCUCCUCGACGGACUUCAUCUCUACGGACGAUGCUGUCAGCGCGUUUAUCUGGCAAUCCAUCGCCCGCGCCCGGGCGUCUCGUCUAGAAUCGACUUCUGAAUCAAUGCUUACGCGCGCAGUCGACAUGAGACAGCGUUUUGGUAUCCCCCAGAGCUAUCCAGGUCUCCUGCAGACUUUGACAUACAACACCGACACUAUCCAGAAACUAUCUGAAGAGCCUUUGGGCAUCAUUGCCGCCGAGCUUCGAUUUCAGCUCGAUCCCGAGAAGAAUGAUCUUGUAUUCAAUACCCGUGCCCUCGCUACAUUUCUCAGUCGCUCGGCUGACAGGACCAAGGCAUCUUUUACUGCCACGGUCAAUGUUUCAUCGGAUUUUAUGCUUAGUUCGUGGUCGAGGAUUAGCUGUUAUGAUCUUGAUUUCAAUCUAGGAUUGGGCAAGCCUACAGCUGUGCGUAGACCACGGUUUACUCCCUUUGAGGGCUUGGGAUAUUUGAUGCCUCGAUCGGCUGCUGGUGAGAUGCCCAUUGGUAUCUGUCUGAGAGAUGAAGACUGGGAACGGUUAAAGGUAGAUGGAGAGUUUACGAAGUAUGCUAAGUAUAUUGGGUAA